UUCUAUCGGCGAUUUUUCUUCAUUUCAACCGUUCCGGUAAAAUAGAUCCGGCUAGAGCAAAUGUCGAUGCGACGAUGAUCGGGCUCAAAAUCGGUUUUGCGCUGUUAGUCUUGUGUUCGAAUUUCGCGUUUUCCUACAGUGAAAAUGAGGCUUUACAAAUAUUCCCGCCCCUGCCGGUAUCGGUGGCUAAAAGUUCGAAUCCCGUGUGCAAGGAACACAGCGAUUUAUACGUGGAUAAUUUGAAUAACUUCACCCUGUGGGCGCACGAAAUGUGGGAUGCAACUUCGAAAUCUUCAUCUGGUGUACUUCGAGGAAGUGUCUUCCACAUGGGGCAUUUCGAACAAUGCCUCUCGGCUAGAGCGCCUUUUCCUACGCAGUAUUGCUUGGCUACUCUAACAGCUGAUGUGCCUCAUCCAAAGGACGAUCGAGAUCCUCUUUCGCUCUAUUUCGAUCCUUUCGCCUCCGUAAUGAACAGAUUGUACAAAUAUGAAGACAAAUCGCAACAAUCUAGGAACAUGGUAAACGUUGGAUGGUGCAUUCCUUCUUCCUGUUCAGUGUUAGAUCUCGAAGAAUACCUAAAUAGUUAUUUAUCUGAAGUCGAUAAUUCGUUUAAAAAACAAAAUGUUUCCUACAAAGCCAAAUUCUCAGAGGUGUUUUGCCAAACGAACGCCGAAAAUGAUUAUUUUGAUGUAGCUGAUAUAUGCUUUUGUUUCUUAGCAAUACUCCUUAUUGCCUGCGUGAUUUUAGCGACUGCUUAUGAUUACACAAAAACCGAAGCAAGCGAAGAGAAACCCUUCAAGAAGAGCAGAUCUUCAAAAUUAUUAACAGCAUUUUCAGCGAGAGCCAACUUUCUGGAACUCAGCAAAUCCGACGAUUCCAAUCCGGCCCUGGCCAUUUUGUACGGAAUGAGAACCAUUUGCAUAUUCGCCAUUAUCAUUGACCAUCGAUUCGGCACCUUCAUAUCAUCCGCUGUGCUGAAUUUCAAUUAUCUGGAAGAGCAAUACAGAUCGGCCAUCGCCUGCGUCCUGUUCCACGGCGAUUUGUUCGUCGACUCGUUUUUUAUCUUGAGCGGCCUUCUAGUAGUCUAUAGUCUUUUAAAUCAAAUGGAAAGGCACCGAAUGAACCCCGCAUUCGUGAUACUAAUGCGAUACGUGAGAUUGACUCCGGUAUACGCGUUCGUGAUAUUUUACUAUGCGACGAUAUUCAACCAUUCCGGAGCCGGGCCGCUGUGGAAAUUGGUGGCAGGAGGCGAUUGGAGGGACUGCAGGGAGAAUUGGUGGGCCAAUUUGCUCUACAUUAACAAUUAUUAUAAUGUAGAUCAUACGUGCAUGACGCACUCCUGGUACCUCCCCUGCGACUUCCACUACUUCAUCAUCGCCAUUUUCCUCGUGGCGCUCAUCAAGAAACGAGAAAAAAUCGGACUCGCCGGACUCCUGGUUCUCACCAUCGUAUCUCUGGCCAUCCCCUUCGCCAUCACGAUGAUCUACCAACGACCCGGCCUGAUGCACUUCUACCCGGAGUUCCUCACCGGACCCAAGGUCUACAUAGACUUCCAGCUGACUUACAACAAAACCCACACCAGGGCGACCCCGUAUUUCAUCGGGAUGUUCAUCGGCUACUUGUACUACCAGUUAAAAGAGACCAACAAGCAUGUGUGCAGGGUGAAGUCCUUCUUGAUAAUAGCUGUAUCUUUCGUUCUGAUGCUGGGGACUUUGUUCAGCGCGCGGGUUUUCUACGAUCCGUACCAUCAGUACAACGCGCUGGAAUCGGCCAGUUACGCAUCUCUGCAUAGGUUAUCUUGGGCUGUGGGUACCGGUGGUUUGCUGUACACAGCCAGUUUCGGGCACUUCGGUUUCUUGAAGGUGGUUCUAUCUUGGUCGCCUUGGAUACCGUUGAGUAAGCUCGUCUACGGGGCGUACUUGUGCCAUAUGAGCUUCCAAUUGAGAGGCGCCGCCAAGUUCAUGAGUCCUCGACAGAUCACCUACUUCGAUGUGAUAAGUCUAGGUUUGUCGGAUAUAGUAUUGGCCUUUACCACCGCCUUGGCUCUUUACUUGAUGAUAGAGGCGCCGUUUAGGAAAUUAUUCCGGGAAAUAAUGAUGCCUUCGAGGAAUAGUCCGGUGAAAGUGCCAACGGGACGGCUGUCGGUCGAUGAAAAUAUGAUUAAUCAUAACAACAAUGUACAAGAGGAUAGUAGGUUGUAGCAGAGAGUUUGAAAUUUUACUUAUUAGGUAGUAAUAAUUAAUUUGUACUAGAGUUUUAAUGCAAUAUUUGUAUUUAAACUUGUAAAACGCACGUUCACAAUGCAAAAUGCUUAUUAAUUUACGAUAUAAGAGUAUGUUUUACCCCGAUUUUGGUUAUAUGUUUGUUAUACAGUUUGUUAUACAUAUAAAUAUCAAAUUAUUUAUAACGUUUCGGGUGCUCUAUAUGAAAAAACUAAAUCAGUUUUAUUGAUUUUUAAUAACUCAAUUUAAAAAGUAGUUAGUAAGAUUGACAACAAUAUUGGUUUAUCUAAUGUUGUAAAACGUUUUAUAGUAUUUUUAAUGCCAACUAAAAUUUUGAUUGACCAAUUUUGUUUUGAGAGAAAUUGCGCUUGCUAAAUAAUUCCUGUAUUAAAAAGAAAGCUUAAUAAUUAUUACACUUGUUACAUUAGUAAUAAAAAAUUAUUAGUAAGGAACGUAAUAAUGUAAUACAUACAUAAGACCCUUUGAUAAAUAGCUAAUUAAAC